UCACUUCCUGCCUUGUGACCACACACCCGGGCUUGACAAAGCUGUUCUGCAGAUCAGAAAGAAAGGAGUUUCUGGUCACAUACCAGCUCAACUGAGGACCGAGUUUCUACAAGAUCUGUUACCUAAAGCAGUAAAAGAUGGCUAGAGGAUCAGUGUCCGAUGAGGAAAUGUUGGAGCUCCAAGAAGCUUUUGCCAAAGUUGAUACUGAUGGCAAUGGGUACAUCAGCAUCAAUGAGUUGAAUGACUUGUUCAAGGCUGCCUGUCUGCCUCUCCCUGGGUACAGAGUAAGAGAAAUUACAGAAAACCUGAUGGCUACAGGUGAUCUGAACCAAGAUGGAAAGAUAAGCUUUGAUGAGUUUAUCAAGGUUUUCCAUGGCCUAAAAAGCACAGAGGUUGCCAAGACCUUUCGAAAAGCGAUCAAUAAGAAGGAGGGGAUUUGUGCAAUCGGUGGUACCUCAGAGCAGUCUAGUGUUGGCACCCAACAUUCCUACUCAGAGGAGGAAAAAUAUGCUUUUGUCAACUGGAUAAACAAAGCGCUGGAAAAUGACCCUGACUGUCAGCAUGUCGUCCCAAUGAACCCAAACACCAAUGAUCUCUUCAAUGCUGUUGGAGAUGGUAUUGUCCUUUGUAAAAUGAUCAAUCUUUCAGUGCCAGACACAAUUGAUGAACGAACAAUCAACAAAAAGAAGCUUACCCCUUUCACUAUUCAGGAAAAUUUGAACUUGGCUCUGAACUCUGCCUCAGCCAUUGGGUGCCAUGUAGUUAACAUAGGAGCUGAGGACCUGAAGGAGGGAAAGCCUUAUCUCGUCCUAGGACUUCUGUGGCAAGUCAUCAAGAUUGGGUUGUUUGCUGACAUUGAACUCAGCAGGAAUGAAGCACUGAUUGCUCUUUUGAGAGAAGGGGAGAGCCUGGAGGAUUUGAUGAAGCUCUCUCCCGAAGACCUCCUGUUAAGGUGGGCUAAUUACCACCUGGAAAAUGCAGGCUGCAACAAAAUUAGCAACUUCAGUAUUGACAUCAAGGACUCAAAAGCUUAUUACCACCUGCUUGAUCAGGUGGCUCCAAAAGGAGAUGAAGAAGGUAUUCCUGCUAUUGUGAUUGACAUGUCAGGACUGAGGGAGAAGGAUGACAUCCAGAGGGCAGAAUGCAUGUUGCAGCAGGCAGAGAGGCUGGGCUGCCGGCAGUUUGUCACAGCUACAGACGUUGUCCGAGGGAACCCCAAGUUGAACUUGGCUUUCAUUGCCAACCUCUUCAACAAGUACCCUGCUUUGCACAAACCAGACAACCAGGAUAUUGACUGGGGGGCCCUUGAAGGAGAGACAAGGGAAGAACGGACAUUUAGGAACUGGAUGAACUCCCUGGGAGUUAACCCUCGAGUCAAUCAUUUGUACAGUGAUUUAUCAGAUGCCCUGGUCAUCUUCCAGCUCUAUGAAAAGAUUAAAGUCCCUGUGGACUGGAACCGAGUAAACAAACCCCCAUACCCCAAGCUGGGGGGCAAUAUGAAGAAGCUGGAGAGCUGUAACUAUGCAGUGGAACUGGGGAAGAAUCAAGCUAAAUUUUCCCUGGUUGGCAUUGGCGGACAAGAUCUCAAUGAAGGCAACCGCACCCUCACCUUGGCCUUGGUCUGGCAGCUAAUGAGAAGGUACACACUGAAUAUGCUUGAAGAAAUUGGUGGUGGGCAGAAGGUCAAUGAUGACAUUAUUGUCAACUGGGUAAAUGGGACAUUGAGGGAGGCUGACAAAAGGUCCUCCAUCUCUAGCUUCAAGGACCCGAAGAUUAGUACAAGUCUGCCAGUCCUAGACCUCAUUGAUGCCAUUCAACCAGGUUCCAUUAACUAUGACCUUCUGAAGACAGAAGAUUUGAAUGAUGAGGAGAAACUCAACAAUGCAAAGUAUGCCAUCUCUAUGGCCCGGAAAAUUGGAGCAAGAGUGUAUGCCCUUCCAGAAGACCUGGUUGAAGUGAAUCCCAAAAUGGUCAUGACAGUGUUUGCUUGUCUCAUGGGGAAAGGGAUGAAGAGGGUGUAGGGCCAUCCAGGCAGGCGAGAAGUCAACGUACCCAGCACCAGUCGCUCUGAGAAUGCAGAUGAGGACUAUUCAAGCCAUUCCAAAGUUUGCAACUUGGUGACACUAUCUAAGAUUCCAAAAAGUGCAUAUUUGCUAGCCAAGUAGCCUUUCUAUACUUUACAAAAAUGCCUCUUUUUUUUGCUGAAGACACAAUCUCCAACAAAUUUAAUUUUUAUUCCUGAUUUAUUUUUGCUUUUUUUGCAAAUCAAGAGGAAAAAAGGAAAAAUAAUUCCAGGUACCCUCCUGCUUUUGGCCAUUAGGAUAGAAACUGCUGUUAUUAAUUUUGACAUAAUUGUCUGUUCAAAAAGUGAGGACAGUGGAAAGGCUGUUACUAGAGGAUGACACCGGAUCUGUGACAAGCCACCUGUCCUCUUCCUUCCCCUUAUCUGUGAAUUUGCUUCACAGACCCAUCUCUGCUGUGUGGCCCACCUCUUCUUCCCAUCUUUGUCCCUUGGCCCCUUGGAGCAUCUGAGAAACCAAUGAAGCUAUUAGGGUCCCCAAAGUCCUGGUAGCCUGUAGAAGUUAGCCGCAUCAUCAGAGCUGUUCUUUACCUGAAGUCUCAAUGGUUGCCAGUUGUUGUUUUAUCAUUUGUAAGAUAUCUUCUGCUUUUAACUCUAGGCCUUGCACUGAAGACCUAACAUCUUGAGUAUUGUGUACUCUUGAGUACUGUGUCCUCUUGAAUAAUGUGUUCUCAGGUGGAUUUUUUUUCUUUUUCUGAGACCCUUGUUUUUGCUCAUGCUCAUUGAUUGUCAUUCUACCACCUGGGCCACACCUCCAACCUCUCAAGUAGAUUCUUAAUGGUAGCAAGAAAGGUGUAACUGAGAAGGCGACCAUUAGGGGGCAGCAUAGAGCUAUCACUAAGCAUCUACUUUUGCUUUUUCUUUUUUCUUUCUUUCUUUUUUUUUUUUUCAUCUACCUUUAAGAAUACUGUUGCUCCACAUAUUUAAUCUUGCUUAUUAGAUGUUAAUUAUGGUAUGGAAAAAUGUCUAGUAACAUGUGGAAGCAAUUCUGCUUCAUUAUUAUUUGCCUUUAGAUAUCAGCAAAUCUCAUUGCUUGCUGGGCCAUAUUAUCAAUGUUUACUUUUUUGGUACUACAGAAGCUUUUUGCUACCCCUAGUCCCCAGGAGGAGGAAGUAUGUGUCCAUAAGCAGUACUCUUCCCCACCUUACAUGGGCACACACUCACAGUCUCCUACACAAAGCUGGAUAUUGAAAGAUUGGGUUUAAGAACUACCUGAGUUGCUCUGUGAAGUGCUAAUUUAUCUUUUUUGGACAUGUAAAGAAUUUCAAAACAUGAGAAUCGUAUGAAUUUAAAUAGCCCUAAUAGAUCAAGCAAUAUAUGUGAAACCUUCUGAAUGCUAAAAGUCAACAGAGCAUGACAAUCCAACACUAGACUCCCUCUGUCAUGGUAAAGAGAUCAAUAAUGAGAUUAUCUUCUCUAGAGGUGGUAUGAUGUAAUGGAACUUAGCCAUUUUUUCAAAGCAAUGUAAAUGCAAUACCAUGGGUCUAGUGAUGGGCUCAGGAAGCCAGUAUAUAUCUUCUACUAGCUCAUCCCCAGAAUUUCUGCUGCAUCUGAAUGCAAGAUGAUUAGCUUUGACUUUAGUCUGAACUUUAAAUAGUCUCAGACGAUUCCCUCCAUCUGCCUCCAGGAAGGAAGAAUGUUAAUUGCCUUAAUUGAACAUGAAGAUUAAAAUAAUACUGCAGAACUUUCCAAAUAAAAUAUUUCUAUUUCUGA